AUGAAAUCAGUUCCUGAAAAUAACUCUGUACAGACCUGUUCCACCAGUUUCCCUGGAGCACAGAAUGCCUCAUUCUCCACCCUGAACUCCCUUCAGACCCUGUUGGAGGUCAAGAACUGCAGCAGCGAAGGGUUCAAUCCCACAGAGGCAGUUGGCAAAGGCCAGUUUGAGGUUGACACAAUCUUUGACCUGAGACCUGUAGCCUUUCUGAAAGAUUUGGAUCUUUUUGUGAAUGGGGAAGCCUUUGGAAGUUAUAAAAUGAGAAUGAGAUUGUUGUUCAGUUGCCAGUUCAUUUCCAACCCUUUGUGA